AUGAAGUCCGGCCGCUCCUUGGUCACGCGAGAUUUUCUGACCGGAUUCCUCGGCGGCAUCAUCUUCGCCGUCCUCCUGGCCCUCGUCCUCGGCGUCACAGCCUUGCGCAUGACCGACCACUACGGGCUCGGCCACUGGAAGCUCAACCUCAGAACACCACUGAGCUCCAUGUGGAUGAACGUCGGCUACUGGCGCGACGAUGACGACAACCAGAUCGAGCACUUUGACGAGGCAGCCCUCGCCCUCCUGAAACAGCUCCUCUCCGCCGCCGGUCUCCUGGCCCCCAAGUCCCCGACGGCCGCCCGCCCCGGCGCCCUCGCCAUCCUCGACCUCGGCUUCGGCUGCGGCGACCAGACCUGGCACCUCGCCCGCCUGACGGCGUCAGGCCCGUGGUCCGACUUUCGCUACGUCGGCCUGACCCUCAACGAGGCCCAGGUGCAGACGGCCUCGCGGAAGAUCUGCCGCGCGGUCGCCUCCGCCACGAACGCCUCCGCCUCCGCCUCGUCCUCGGCAGACCUCGACAUCCGCGCCGACGCCUUCAAGCUGUUCCGCGCCGACGCCGCGCGCCCCGCCACCUGGCCCGCCCCCGUCGCCGACGCCGUGCGCGCCCUCGCCGACGAGCGCUUCACCGACAGGUGGCUCGUCGCGCUCGACUGCCUCUACCACUUCUCGCCCUCGCGGCGGCCCGUCUUUGCGUAUGCCGCGCGCGAGCUCGGCGCCCGCGUCGCGGCCUUUGACCUGCUGCUGAGCGAGGGGGCGUCCUGGCGCGAGAGGCUCGUGCUGCGCGCCGUGGGCGUCUUCAUGGGCUGUCCCGUGGGCACGUUCCUCGUCGAGGACGCGUAUCGGGACCAGCUGGUCGAGUGUGGCUACGACCGGGACGGCAUCGAGAUCAGGGACAUUACGGAGCACGUCUUUUCUGGCCUGGUCCGGUUUUUGGAUGCCCAGGAGCGGGCGUUGGGCGAGUAUGGCGUCUCGCUGGGCGGCUUCAAGCUGGCGGGGAGGUUGUUCGACUGGUUUGCGAGGUCGGGUGUUGUGAGGGCGGUGGUGGUCAUAGCACGCACAGUGGAUAAGUCGGCUUCAUAA